AAGUGCUGGGAUUACAGGCAUGAACCACCACGCCCGGCCGGUAAUGAGAUUUUUAAAGGAGGAAAUAACAUUAGGCAAUACUUAUUGGUGAAAAGCUCAGCACUUCCGCUUUCUUGCUAGGAGAUCUCAUCAGCUAAAGCAGAUACGAAAGUGCCUUCUAGAGAUGGGAGUAGAAGGUGUGAAGGCCAGGACGUGAGAGGUCACGCCUGUUGUAAUUAGAAGCAGUUCAGUGUGGCUGGAGGACAGAUGAGGGAUCCUGGGGUGGCAGAGGCCAGAUGACCAAGGUUCUUGUAAGCCAGCGACACUUGGGCUUUAGCAGGAGGAGGAUGGGGACCACUGCAGAGUGUUAAGCAAGGGAGUGAUGACAUCAGCUUUGCACAUCAGGAAAAUCCCUCUGUUUGCCAUGUGGAUGGGGGAAGGGAGAGGCGGGCAGAUAGCUGGGCACCAGAGAGAGCUGUAGGUGAGAGGCAGUGGUGGCCCGAGUUAGGGGUGACACACUGGAGUGUGUGGGAGAUGUACCGAAUGGAGAACUGGGGACAUGGAGAGGAGAGGAGGAGGGAUCGGGGAUGAUGCCCCUUUUCUGGCUUGGACAGCAUGGCCCAAGCAGCUGGUAGAAGAUACAAGAUAGCCCCCAGGUUUCCCUAGAUGACAAAUAAACAUUCCUUUUCCUGCGUGAAGAUCGUCUGUGGAAACCUUGGCCAUGGCAUCGAUAUCAGAGCCUGUUACAUUCAGAGAGUUCUGCCCGUUAUACUAUCUCCUCAAUGCCAUUCCGACAAAGAUCCAGAAGGGUUUCCGCUCUAUCGUGGUCUAUCUCACGGCCCUGGACACCAACGGGGACUAUAUCGCAGUGGGCAGCAGCAUCAGCAUGCUCUAUCUGUACUGCCGGCACCUCAACCAGAUGAGGAAGUACAACUUCGAGGGGAAGACGGAAUCUAUCACUGUGGUGAAGCUGCUGAGUUGCUUUGAUGACCUGGUGGCAGCAGGCACAGCCUCUGGCAGGGUUGCAGUUUUUCAACUUGUGUCUUCAUUGCCAGGAAGAAAUAAACAGCUUCGGAGAUUUGAUGUCACUGGUAUUCACAAAAACAGCAUUACAGCUCUGGCUUGGAGCCCCAACGGAAUGAAACUGUUCUCUGGAGAUGACAAAGGCAAAAUUGUUUAUUCCUCUCUGGAUCUAGACCAGGGGCUCUGUAACUCCCAGCUGGUGUUGGAGGAGCCGUCUUCCAUCGUGCAGCUGGAUUAUAGCCAGAAGGUGCUGCUGGUCUCUACUCUGCAAAGAAGUCUGCUCUUUUACACUGAAGAAAAGUCUGUAAGGCAAAUUGGAACACAGCCAAGGAAAAGUACUGGGAAAUUUGGUGCUUGUUUUAUACCAGGACUCUGUAAGCAAAGUGAUCUAACCUUGUAUGCAUCACGGCCCGGGCUCCGGCUGUGGAAGGCUGAUGUCCACGGGACUGUUCAAGCCACAUUUAUCUUAAAAGAUGCUUUUGCCGGGGGAGUCAAGCCUUUUGAACUGCACCCACGUCUGGAAUCCCCCAACAGGGGAAGUUGCAGCUUACCUGAGAGGCACCUGGGGCUUGUUUCGUGUUUCUUUCAAGAAGGCUGGGUGCUGAGUUGGAAUGAAUAUAGCAUCUAUCUCCUAGACAUAGUCAACCAGGCCACAAUUGCUGGUUUGGAAGGAUCCGGUGAUAUUGUGUCUGUUUCGUGCACAGAAAAUGAAAUAUUUUUCUUGAAAGGAGAUAGGAACAUUAUAAGAAUUGCAAGCAGGCCUGAAGGAUUAACAUCAAUAGUGAGAAAUGGUCUGGAGAUGUCUGGAUGCUCAGAGCGAGUCCACGUGCAGCAAGCAGAGAAGCUACCAGGGGCCACAGUUUCUGAGACGAGGCUCAGAGGCUCUUCUGUGGCUAGCUCCGUGGCCAGUGAGCCAAGGAGCAGGAGCAGCUCGCUCAACUCCACCGACAGCGGCUCCGGGCUCCUGCCCGCUGGGCUCCAGGCCGCCCCUGAGCUGGGCAAAGGCAACCAGCCCCCCUCACAGAGAUUCAACGCCAUCAGCUCUGAGGACUUUGACCAGGAGCUUGUCGUGAAGCCUAUCAAAGUGAAAAGGAAGAAGAAGAAGAAGAAGACAGAAGGUGGAAGCAGGAGCACCUGUCACAGCUCCCUGGAGUCUACACCCUGCUCCGAAUUUCCUGGGGACAGUCCCCAGUCCUUGAACACAGACUUGCUGUCAAUGACCUCAAGUGUCCUGGGCAGUAGCAUGGAUCAGUUAAGUGCAGAGUCUCCAGACCUGGAAAGCGGCUUCAGUGGUGAAGUGAACGGUGUCCCGCAGGAAAAUACUGACCCCGAAAUGUUUAAUGUCCUGGAGGUGCCAGGAUCUGUGCCUGAUUCUCUGGCUGUGGAAGAUGACAUUAGAACUGAAAUGCCACACUGUCACUAUGCAUAUGGGCAGGAGCUGCUCAAUGGAGUGAGGGAAGCUGUGAGAGGCAGUGAUGUCACGGGACUCGAAGAUGAGCCUUGUCCUGCAGAUGAUGGACCACAUAGCACACAGAUACCCUUCCAAGAACAGGACAGCUCUCCUAGGGUGCAGGAUGCGGGAGGUGUCCAACCCAUUGGCCCCCAAAGCACUUUUUGUGAAGCGCCCCUCCUGAACUCACUCACCGUGCCUUCCAGCCUCAGCUUGGCCCCAAGUGCUGGGCAGUGGCUACCUGGGACCGGAGCUGAUGAAGGCAGCCCUGUGGAGCCCAGCCAAGAGCAGGACGUCCUAACCAGCAUGGAGGCCUCUGGCCACCUCAGCACAAAUCUCUGGCAUGCUGGCACUGAUGAUGACACAGGUCAGAAAGAAACACCCAUUUCUGAACGUGACUUGGGGAGUGUGGGAGGACAGCUGACUCCGGUCUCUGCCUUGGCGGCCAGCACUCCCAAGCCCUGGCUUGAGCAGCCUCCACGGGAUCAGGCAUUGACGUCUAGCGAUGAGGAGGACAUCUAUGCCCACGGGCUUCCUUCUUCAUCCUCAGAGACGAGUGUGACAGAGCUCGGACCUAGUCGCUCCCAGCAGGACCUGAGCCGGCUGGGUGCAGAUGAUGCCGGGCUGCUCAAGCCAGAUCAGUUUGCAGAAAGCUGGAUGGGCUACUCGGGUCCCGGCUAUGGCAUCCUCAGCUUGGUGGUCUCCGAGAAGUAUAUCUGGUGCCUGGACUACAAAGGCGGCCUGUUCUGCAGCGCGUUGCCGGGCGCCGGGCUGCGCUGGCAGAAGUUUGAAGAUGCUGUCCAGCAGGUGGCAGUCUCACCCUCAGGAGCCCUUCUCUGGAAGAUUGAACAGAAAUCUAACCGGGCUUUUGCUUGUGGGAAAGUCACCAUCAAGGGGAAGCGGCACUGGUACGAAGCCCUGCCCCAGGCAGUGUUUGUGGCCCUGAGCGAUGACACCGCCUGGAUCAUCAGGACCAGUGGGGACUUAUACUUGCAGACAGGUCUGAGCGUGGAUCGCCCUUGUGCCAGAGCCGUAAAGGUGGACUGUCCCUACCCGCUGUCCCAGAUCACAGCCCGGAACAAUGUGGUGUGGGCGCUGACAGAGCAGAGGGCCCUCCUGUACCGGGAGGGUGUGAGCAGCUUCUGUCCAGAAGGCGAGCAGUGGAAGUGUGACAUCGUCAGCGAAAGGCAAGCUUUAGAACCCGUCUGCAUAACGCUCGGGGAUCAGCAGACUCUCUGGGCCCUGGACAUCCAUGGGAACCUGUGGUUCAGAACGGGCAUUGUUUCCAAGACACCCCAAGGAGAUGAUGACCACUGGUGGCAAGUGAGCAUCACGGACUAUGUAGUGUUUGACCAGUGCAGCUUAUUUCAGACGAUAAUCCAUGCUACUCACUCGGUGGCCACAGCUGCCCAAGCCCCUGUAGAAAAGGUGGCAGAUAAACUGCGCAUGGCGUUUUGGUCCCAGCAGCUUCAGUGCCAGCCAAGCCUUCUCGGGGUCAAUAACAGUGGCGUCUGGAUCUCCUCAGGCAAGAAUGAAUUCCACGUCGCUAAGGGAAGUCUCAUAGGCACCUACUGGAAUCACGUUGUUCCCCGCGGGACAGCUUCUGCUACAAAAUGGGCCUUUGUGUUGGCCUCUGUGGCUCCCACGAAGGAAGGAAGCUUCUUGUGGCUGUGCCAGAGCAGCAAGGACCUCUGCAGCGUCAGCGCCCAGAGUGCACAGUCGCGGCCCUCCACGGUGCAGCUGCCUCCCGAUGCCGAGAUGCGCGCCUACGCCGCCUGCCAGGAUGCGCUGUGGGCGCUGGACAGCCUCGGCCAGGUCUUCAUCAGGACGCUCUCCAAGAGCUGCCCCACGGGCAUGCACUGGACCAGGCUGGACCUCUCCCAGCUAGGAGCUGUGAAAUUGACAAGCUUGGCAUGUGGAAAUCAGCACAUCUGGGCCUGUGAUUCCAGGGGUGGAGUUUACUUCCGUGUAGGGACUCAGCCUCUCAAUCCCAGUCUCAUGCUUCCAGCCUGGAUAAUGAUUGAGCCACCUGUCCAGGUAAGCAGACGUUAGCUGGUGGAACUCAUUCCUCAGUAAGACAGAAACUGUGAGGGUGCUGGUACUGGGAAAAAGAUCCCCACAGCCUCUAGAGGCCUCCCGGCAAAUGCGGGGAACCGUGCCCCCAGGGUCUACACACACAUUCAUCAAGAUCACAACUGGAAUCGGGAUUUGUGAAGUUUAGAACUGAACAACAGAUGGUUACAGAUUAUGAGUCAGCACAUGUAUUUUCUCCUUCAAAAUAACAAUAUUUUGUUUCUUUUUACUAAGUGAAUAUUAUUUUUUAAAUCUGCCUAUAUUUUGGAACCUCUAUUUUAUAAUAAUAAUGAUAAUAAAUCAGUACCCAGAAGUAUAAAGAAGAAAGUAAAAGUCAAUCUUGUCAUGGAGAAAAUGCUGAGUGCCUCUCCUGGUUUGUUGAAGAAAUUCCGUUUCCUGUUUGGCCCUCCGCUGGCCAGCUCCUGCGGUGUUUCAGUUGACAGUGCAUCCCAACGCAGUCUGUGUUCUCCUGACCUCCAGCACCCAGCUCACAAGCAGAAGUCUGAUUUGAAUGGACCAUCUAGUUACCCUAAAAGAUCUCACAGGCUUGGUUCCCAUGCUGAAUAGAUUUCUGUUGAAGUUUAUAACUGGGGGCUGUGGUUUUUUGAGACUUAUUUGCCCAGACUCCUGCUAGUCCCUAUUUGGUAACUCUGUUGGGAAACCGGUGAAGUUGCCAGUUGUGGAGGCAGCCGUAGGCGCGGAGGAAUGGUUCCUUGUUGGGCAGAGAAACCUUCAGUGGAGUCAGGAAAGAGGUAAAGAGUAGGGUAAAUGCCUUUGUGCCUAACUGUCUACAUUUUGGUCAUGGUGAGGCCUCAGGGAUGAGGACACCAGUCGUGUCCACCAGCCCUGGGGAGUGUGGUUGGUGGGAGACCCUUUGCUGAAAUCAGUAUUCGGCUCCAGAGCUGUGUGGAGGCCACCACUAGCGGUCAUGGCCACAGGGAGGCUUCUCGUCCUCAGUGGUGGGUCUUCCUCCUCCACAGGGUUGUGGGGAUGGUAAUGUCUCUGACAGUACCGUGUGAAUGAUACAGCACUGUGCAAACAUGAGGUUGUACAUAAUGAAUUAUAACACACGCUCCGUUUUCCCUCUGCGCAC